AUGUCAAUUCCUACUACUCAACACGCCGUCGUCUUUGAAACUAACGGUGGUCCAUUGGAAUACAAGCAAAUUGCAGUUCCAACCCCAAAGCCAAAUGAACUUUUAAUAAACGUCAAGUACUCCGGUGUUUGUCACACUGACUUGCACGCCUGGAAGGGUGAUUGGCCAUUGCCAACCAAGUUACCAUUAGUUGGUGGUCAUGAGGGUGCCGGUGUCGUUGUUGCCAUGGGUAGCAACGUCCAAGGCUGGGAAAUUGGUGACUAUGCUGGUAUCAAGUGGCUUAACGGUUCCUGUAUGAAUUGUGACUUCUGUGAAAGAACUUUCGAACCAAACUGUGAAAAGGCCGACUUGUCUGGUUACACCCAUGAUGGUUCUUUCCAACAAUACGCAACCGCAGAUGCUGUACAAGCUGCCAAGAUUCCAAAGGGAACCGACUUGGCUCAUGUUGCUCCAAUCUUAUGUGCUGGUGUUACCGUCUACAAGGCUUUAAAGACCGCCAAGUUGAGCGCUGGUCAAUGGGUUGCUCUUUCCGGUGCUGGUGGUGGUUUAGGUUCUUUAGCUAUCCAAUACGCUAAGGCCAUGGGUUACAGAGUUGUUGCCAUUGAUGGUGGGGAAGAAAAGGGUGAAUUCGUCAAGUCCUUGGGUGCUGAAGUGUACGUUGACUUCACCAAGUCUAAGGAUAUUGUAGGCGAAAUCAGAAAGGCAACCGGUGGUGGUGUUCACGGUGCCAUUAACGUUUCCGUUUCUGAAGCUGCCAUUGACCAAUCUGUCCAGUACACUAGAUCCUGUGGUACCGUUGUGCUUGUUGGUUUACCAGCUGGUGCCAAGGUCACCGCCGGUGUCUUCGAUGCAGUUGUUAGAUCUAUUACCAUCGCUGGUUCUUACGUUGGUAACAGAGCUGAUACCAGUGAAGCUAUUGACUUCUUCGCCAGAGGUUUGAUCCAAUGCCGUAUUAAGGUUGUUGGAUUAUCCGAACUUCCAAGCAUUUACACUUUAAUGGAAGAAGGUAAGAUUUUAGGUAGAUACGUUGUUGACACUUCCAAAUAA